AUGGAGGUGCAAUCGCAGGGCGAAGACCUCGACCCGACAACGUUCAGACCCAGUGAGUGGACCACGAUACUCCGCGCGUACAAGGGAGGCAAACCAAGCCCGGGAACGCUCGUUGUGCCUCCUCAUGCAGCCCCUGUUCGAGAUAAGCCUGCCGCGCCCGCCGUCGGUGCUCCGGCCGACACUGCCCCUGCGACCUUCAAGCCGACAUACCGUGCUCAACAACAACAGCUGCGCGUGACGCACGCAAUCGCAUUGCGAAGUAAGCAACUUGCUUCACUCCCUCCCGGCACUAUAAGGGUGGUCUUCCGACCAAGAGGAGGCCUCGCUUUGAACGGAGCCAUGGCGCAACCACUCAUGAAAGCUCUGCGAGUCACCGCCGCUGACCGGGACCUAGGAGAGUUUCACCUCCGGAUUCACCCGACGAAUAACACCUUCACGGUCGCUACACCUCACGAGUCAACGGCCCUUCACCUCGUCCAAAUCAAGGAAGUGAUCCUUCAAGAAACCAGUUACCCCGUCGCCGCCUACAUCGCACCGCCGCCCGCUGCUGCGCGCGGAGUCAUCUCGCAAGCCUACUGGGCGGAAACACCGGAAGAGAUGCUACAAGACCUCCAGACUCGCAACCCGGAAGCUGAUAUCAUCGCAGCCCGCAGAAUGGGUAGGACCCUUUCCAUAUUGAUUACAUUUGCGCAUGGCCCAGUCCCUCACACCAUACGCUACAUGAGUGUAGUGCAUAGAUGCACGGCGUACAAGGGAAGUCCAGACGCGUGCACAAACUGUCGUCGACCGGGCCACAGACACGACGUGUGCCCCCACCCCAAGAGUGGUCUCUGCCCGCGGUGCGGGGACAAGCAUGAGCUGCAAGAUGUUCCCUCCUGCAUCCCGAUCUGCAUUCUCUGUGGGGGGCAGCACCUCACGGGCACCGGCUCGUGCAAGGCAAGAAAUACAGCCACCAAACGACUUAGCCCACCGCCCCAGAAGUCAAAGUUCCCUACCAAGAAGGACUUUCCCCCGCUUAGCACGACCCUCCCGUCUACCUCUACAUGGGCUUCCAAGGUUGCCAAGACGAACAUCAUGACUUCCCAGGACUCGGACGUGAAGGCUCUGCGGGAUGAGGGACAGCCCGCCAUCUCAAGCUGGGAGGACUGGGAGGUCCUGCUCUCGUCGACGGACCCGACAUCGCAGGUUACUGCGGUGGCUCGGGCUGCCGACGUCAUGAACAAAAGGAGCAUGAACGUUUCGACGUAGUGCGGGACCGUGCGGUGGUCCAGGGACCCAGAGGAGUCCAAACUCACUUGCUAUGAAUAAAGUUUUUCUGUCUGUC